AUGCUGUGGCUGCUGCUGCCCCUCCUGUGGGCAGGCUCCCUGGCUCAGAAUGAUGAAUACAGUCUGAAGGUGCAGACCCCCGUGACGGUGCAGGAGGGCCUGUGUGUCCAGGUGGCCUGCAAUGUGUCCUACCCCCGGAAUGGCUGGGAUGACUCUACACCAGCUCACGGCUACUGGUACCGGGAACAGGCAUAUGCACCUGUGAGGGUUUUAGUGGCCACAAACAACCCAUCUCAUAAAGUGCAGGAGGAGACCCAGAGGCGAUUCCACCUCCGCGGGGAUCCCAGGAACUACAACUGCUCCCUGGACAUCAGAGACGCCCGGAGGACAGAUAACGGAUCAUACUAUUUUCGGUUGGAAAGAGGAGGUUAUAAAUUUUCUUACAUAAAAAACAAGCUCUCCGUGCAUGUGACAGCCUUCAACCACACACCCCACAUCCUCAUCCCCGGGAACCUGGAGAGCGGCCGCCCCAAGAACCUGACCUGCUCCGUGCCCUGGGCCUGUGAGCGGGGCACGCCUCCCAUCUUCUCCUGGACGUCAGCUGCCCACAGCUCCCUGGGCCCCAGGACCCGCCUCUCCUCCGUGCUCACCCUCACCCCACGGCCCCAGGACCACGGCACCAACCUCACCUGUCAGGUGCACUUUCCUGCCGCUGGUGUGACCGUGGAGAGAACCAUCCAGCUCAACGUCACCUACUCUCCACAGAACUUGACCAUAACUGUCUUCCAAGGAAACGGCUCAGCACCCACAGUCCCGGAGAAUGGCUCGUCUCUUUUGGUCCUGGAGGGCCAGGCCCUGCACCUGGUCUGUGUGGUGGAUAGCAACCCCCCCGCCAGGCUGAGCUGGGCCGGGAGGUGGUGGAACCUGACCCUGAGCGCCUCCAGGUCUGGGGUCCUGGAGCUGCCUGCAGUGCAGGUCGGGGAUGAAGGGGAGCUCACCUGCUGGGCCCAGCACCCUGGGGGCUCUCUGCACUCCUCCCUGAGCCUCUCUGUACAGAGGAGAGCAUGCCCAUCAUCGGGAGUGAUGCUGGGGGCAGUCGGGGGUGCAGGUGUGACCACCUUGCUCUUCCUGGCCUUCUGUGCCAUUUUCAUCAUAGUGAGAUCCCGCAAGAAGAAGGCGUCAAGGGCAGCAGCAGGCACUGGGGAUGCAGGCAUGGAGGGUGCAGACGCUGCCCAGAGGCCAACCCCUCAGGGUCCCCUGAAUGAAUCCCAGCCAGACAGCCGCCUAGAGCACCUUCCCCCAGCUCUGGCUGCCCCCUCCUCGAGGAAGAAAGAAGAGAUUCAAUAUGCAUCCCUCAGAUUUCAUAGGAUGAAGCCUGGGAACCCUCAGGGACAGGAGGGCAUCACUGAAAAUGAGUACUCGGAGAUCUUGAUGUGAAAGCGGGAAUUGCAGAGACUUGGCCUUUGGAGGGCAAAGGAAAAAAAAACAACGGGCAGAUUCCUGCAGAAUUAAAAGCCCUCCGGGUGAUGAGUUAAAAGUAUGGUGGAAAGAACACUGGCUUUGGAACCAAAGAGCUGUGAGUUCAAAAUCCACGCUCCGCCCCUUUCCUGAGUAAAAUGACAGACGAGUCCCUGCCUCAGUUUCCUGCCCUGUGGAACCAGUGGAGAAGCCCUACCUGAAAGUUUGUGGUGAGAAUUCUGGGAGUGAAAUCCUACCAGCGCACCUGGCUCAAUGUGUAGGCUGCACACGUGCUGGAUCCCUGGGCUUUGCAUGGAAAGGUCCUACCGGGAAUUUCUCCUGACCCUGGAGGGGACCAGCACCAGUCCUUGCACCCUGAGGUUCCUCGUCCUGGGACGUCCCACCCAGCCUUUUCCUGCUUCUAUCGUUGAAAAUGGAGCUCAAGGGGUGCCCUGCGAGCAAGUGGAUCGAGGUGUGGAAAUAGUGAAUCUUACACGUGAUAUAAUCGGUUUCUAUAACUGGAAUCAUACUCCGUGUCUGCUUUUCUUAAACUUGGCCUCGCAUUUGUCGAGGAUCCGCUCUGAGAGUGUAUCAUGGUUUGUGUACUCAUAUUUUUUCUAUGGACGAACGUUUGGUUGGUUUCCAGUUUGGGGCGAUGAGGCAUAAAGCUGC